GUCCCCAUCCUCUCGCACAUCCCCGCGAAGAACCCAAACGCAAGUAGGGUUAGGAAGGGCUCGGCGGCGGCGGCGGCCAGAGAGAAUAGGGGAGCGGUUCGGCGAUGACGGGCAAGGCGAAGCCUAAGAAGCACACGGCGAAGGAGAUCGCCGCGAAGAUCGACGCGGCGACGACGAACCGUGGCGGCGGGAAGGCGGGGCAGGCGGACCGGCUGGGGCAGGACAAGGGCGGCCACGCGAAGCUGGCCUGCCCGCUCUGCCGCACCUCGGCGCCCGACAUCAAGUCGAUGCAGAUCCACCACGAGGCGCGCCACCCCAAGCUCCCCUUCGAGCCGGAGAAGCUCCUCAACCUCCACUCCUCCACCCCCGUCGCAUCGGAGGCCACCUCCUCCAACUCCAAGCCCAAGCCCGGCAUCCGCGGCAGCCUCAAGAAGUAGCGUGCUUGCUUGCUAGCUUGGGGUAAUUCCCUUCAAUUCCAAUCAUAUCCACCAACCCGAUCUAUAAUUAAUCCAUCGGUGGCGGCUGCCGCUGCUGGCCUGUGGUGUGCUACUAGUCUGCUGCUGCUUUUCGUUACUGCUGCUACAUGUGUCAUGUGAAAGACGUGUUAAUUAACUAUAUCCGUGGCUAUGGCUUCGCUGCUGUUUGUUUAAAUCUCGUCGCCGGCAACUCGGCACGUUUAAGUAUGUGUUGAUUGGCUGUGAUGCCGGCGACCUGAUGGUACUGCUAAUGUUGAUCGGGUUCGGUGGCACAAAUCUGUGGCUUGUUUAUUUUCUCUUACUGGCAAGUAAAGUUCGUCAAUUAAUUAUUGUUUUGGCAA